AAAGUUCCUCAAUUGGUUGUGUCGCCUGCUGUCGGCGAUUCGCGUCCUCAUCGCGUACCACUAUUUACAAUCGAAGAACAUAACUUUGUUAAUGCAUCAACACAAACUGAACUCAUAACCGAUGCUAAUCAAUCGAUGGCACUGCAGCCAUGUCCACGUCAAUCAAUUCCACCGCGCACACUGCAAGAAUGCCUAGAAAUUCUUCAAUCUCUCGAUGAAUGGGGUGGGCCCGCUAAUCUUACAGACGAAGAAGUUCUCUUAAUCGUUAACUCCGCUGGCAACCACUGUCCAUUGCAUAAAAUCGAGUCAAUUUUAGAUGACCCAGUUCGCGGUGUGCGCAUUCGUAGACAAGUGAUUAGCGCGCGCGCUAAAGUGCCCGCCGAACGGUUGGAAUGUCUGCCAUAUUUGAAUUUCGACUAUCGCAAAGUAAUGAAUGCCUGCUGUGAAAACGUACUUGGCUAUGUGCCCAUUCCAGUUGGUUAUGCAGGUCCUUUGCUGCUUGAUGGCAGUAAAUAUUUUGUACCCAUGGCUACGACCGAAGGCGCACUGGUCGCCUCAACGAAUCGCGGUUGUAAAGCGCUAUCCGUGCGCGGAGUUACGUCGUAUGUGGAGGAUGUUGGCAUGACACGUGCACCCUGCGUACGCUUUGCAAACGUUUCACGCGCAGCCGAAGCGAAAAGAUGGAUUAAUGAUGAAAAUAAUUACAAAAAAAUCAAAUGUGAAUUCGAUUCAACAUCGCGCUUCGGUCGCUUGAAGGAGUGUCUGAUCGCAAUGGAUGGACCGCAGCUGUAUAUACGUUUUGUAGCGUUAACCGGUGAUGCUAUGGGUAUGAAUAUGGUGUCGAAGGGCGCUGAGAUGGCGCUGAAAUGUAUCAAAAAAGAAUUUCCCGAUAUGCAAAUUAUAUCGUUGAGUGGCAAUUUCUGCUGCGAUAAGAAGCCGGCGGCCAUCAAUUGGAUCAAAGGACGUGGCAAGCGUGUGGUAACUGAAUGCAUAAUUUCCGCGCAAACGCUGCGCACUGUACUGAAAACGGACGCCAAAACACUGGUGGAGUGCAAUAAGUUGAAGAAUAUGUCCGGCAGUGCCAUGGCGGGCAGUGUAGGUGGAAACAAUGCACAUGCAGCCAAUAUGGUGACAGCCGUUUUUCUCGCCACUGGCCAAGAUCCAGCACAAAAUGUUACAUCGAGCAAUUGCUCUACGGGCAUGGAAUGCUGUGGCGAUAACAAUGAAGACUUAUACAUGACCUGCACAAUGCCCUCACUGGAAGUGGGCACAGUUGGCGGUGGCACAGUGCUGCCCGGUCAGGGCGCGUGUCUCGAUAUGCUAGGUGUGCGCGGUGCUAAUCAAGAGCAUCCUGGAGAGAAUGCAAAGAAAUUGGCACAAAUUGUAUGCGCCACAGUGAUGGCGGGUGAACUGAGUCUUAUGGCAGCGCUGGUGAAUAGUGAUCUCGUAAAGAGUCAUAUGCGUCACAAUAGGUCUUCCAUAGCAAUUAGUGGCAAAAUUAAUCCUCUGAACGUCACCGUGUCAAGCUGCAGUAAUAUCAGCUAAGAUUGCAGCAUACGCUCCACUUGUUAGCCCAACAAUUCUUAUGUAUACAGUUAUUGUGCAAGCAUGAGUUGUAGAUACGCACAAAUUUCGUUAGAAAAAAGCACAACGGCAGCGCCGAAGGCAACCUGAAGGUAACAGCAAUCCCGAACUAUGAACUGUGUACAGUCAAAUCCACAGACUAUCGCUUAACGAAUUAGCCUAUUGAGGUGCGGGCUACUGGAUCGCUUAGCUGACUUCUUCUAAAGCAUAUGUAUAUGUUAAAGUGUGUACCCUCUUUUUUAAACAUAGAAAAACAAACGCUGUUGGUAAAAAUUAUGCGUAGCAAAAGAUGCCAAAGUAUUUGAAAGUGAUGUUUUACUGAUUGUGAAUGAAAAAAA